AUGACAUCCCCAGCAGAUCGACUGGCCCGUCAGCAGGACAGGGAACAAGGCAUUGGCACAAACAAGAAAGCAGUGAAGUUCUCCCAGCAGGAUUAUGAGACUCUGCGCGAGCAGUGUUUGAAGAGUGGACGCCUGUUUGAGGACAACUUCUUCCCAGCUGAGCCCACAUCCCUGGGCUACGAUGAGCUGGGACCAGACUCACCCAAAACCAAGGGGGUUGUUUGGAAAAGGCCAAAGGAGCUGUGCUCAAACCCAAAGUUCAUUGAUGAUGGAGCCACAAGGAUGGACAUUUGCCAAGGAAAGCUGGGUGACUGCUGGCUUCUGGCUGCAAUAACCUGUCUGACUCUAAACCAGGAGAUCCUGGCUCGCGUGGUGCCCCAGGAACAGAGUUUUACUGAAGGUUACGCCGGGAUAUUUCACUUCCAGUUCUGGCAGUUUGGUGAGUGGGUGGAAGUGGUGAUCGAUGACCGUUUACCCACAAGAAAUGGAAAGCUGCUGUUUGUUCACUCAGCGGUGGGCUCAGAGUUUUGGAGCGCGCUGCUGGAGAAGGCCUACGCCAAGUUGUAUGGCAGCUAUGAGGCCCUGACAGGAAGAAACACUACUGAGGGUUUGGAGGAUUUCACAGGAGGGAUCGCAGAAAUAUAUUACUUAGACAAAGCUCCACCGAAGCUCUUCCAAAUCAUGCAGAAGGCCCUGAGCCUGGGUUCAUUUCUUGCUUGCUCUAUUCAAGUAGGUCUUAUUUUCAUAGUAAUUUGCUUAUUUUCAUACAGAUUUGCAUGUUUACCUGCAAGCCAACACACCAACAGAAGUAAAGUACUCAUGUCAUCAGAGGAAUUUAAAGCACUCAAACUUGUCAAGGCACAUGCAUACUCAGUCACUGGUGCAGAGGAGGUUCAUUUCCAAGGUGAGCCGGUUCAGCUGGUUCGCAUGAGGAACCCAUGGGGUUAUAAGGAGUGGACUGGGCCUUGGAGUGAUAAGUCCAGUGAAUGGAACAAUGUCAGCAAAGAUGAGAAAUCAAAGUUGAACCAUGCGGCUGAUGAUGGAGAAUUCUGGAUGUCCUAUUCAGACUUUAUCAAGCAGUUCACCCAGCUGCAGAUCUGUAACUUGACCCCAGACUCACUCAAGAGUGAUGAAGUGGGCCACUGGAACCACUACCAGUUUGAAGGGACGUGGACGGUGGGCUCUACUGCAGGCGGCUGCCACAGGUUCCCAGCCACAUUCUCGUCCAACCCUCAGUUUGUGGUGCGCCUGGAGGAUGUGGAUGAUGAUCCCCUGGAUGGGAAGGAUGGAUGCACCUUUCUGGUUGGGCUCAUGCAAAAGGGUGGCCGACAGCAGAAGAGGCUCGGCCGCAAACUUGAGACCAUUGGCUUUGACAUUUAUAAGGUCCCAGAUCAGUACAAAGGCCAAAGCAAUGUUCACCUGGGUCCAGAUGCCCUGCAGAGACCUGUGGCCAAGUGCUCCUUCGCCAAGAAACGGGAAGUGUACGAUCGCUUUAAACUUCCUCCAGGAGAAUAUGCCAUUGUUCCCUCGACCGAAAAGCCUGACAAGAAUGGCAGCUUCCUUCUCAGGGUGUUCUCUGAGAAAAAGGCUGCAGCCAGUGGCUGUGCCUGGCGAUCUACUGACUCUGGAGACAAGACAAGUGAGAUGAUACCUGCUGGAGGAUUAACAAUACAUUCAUUGAAUUCACAAAAAAAUCACAUUUAUUAUAUAUAA